AAUUUCUCUAUCGAGUAAAAGUUAUAUCGCGAUACAUAUCGUUAUCGUUCUAUCGCCCAGCUCUACAUAUAAUACAUUUUGUGUUGUUUACAAGGGAUGUAAUGUUUAGCUGUGAUUAGAUUAAAGUGCCAGCCAAAGAAAUUUUGAUUUAUGAGAUUGCGGAUGGAAAUUGGACAAAUUCAAUUAGAAAAUCUGAUGUCUGAAUCCACCUUUUUCCUUUUGAAAGUGAUGUUCUAUGUAAAUGGUUCUUUUACGUGGUAGGACAGUACUUAAGACAUUCAGGUGUGCACUGGGCAACUAACAAAAUAUUUGUUUGGACGACUUUAACUAGGAUUUUUCAUUUUUCUGAAAGUUUAAAUCAGGUCAGCAUGCCCCUCUUAUUAUUGUAUGUGUGCGCAUGUGCGUGUGUGUUAGUGUAUAAACCUCCUGGCAAGCUUUUGACAAAGCAUUGCAGCCACAACUGUGGUUUCCACACUGAGAUUUACAACCCAAAUGGUUUUUAUAACCUCUGUUGAAGAUUUGUGUGUGUGUGUGUGUGUGUGUUAGUGUUAGACAGAGGGUGCAAAUGGUAGCCAUCAUGGGGCAGGGUUCUUACUAACUGGACAUAUUGCAGCAGACUUCAGCUGACUUCCUGCUGUGUUUAACUGUUUUUUUUCUGCACUUAUCACAAUUGCUUUGAUCUCUUUUAUGCUGUGUUCACAUUUUCUCCUGCAGAUGAAACUGAGAUGUCUUUGAGGUCUGAAUGCCAUUGGUAAAAAUGACAUUUUUCUUUUACUUUUAAAAAACUACAACUGUUAUAUUUUUAUAGUUUUAAUGUCUUACAAGCUAACCGUUCCUAUAAAGGCUCAUAAAAACUAUAAAGAAGUUAAAAAGUGAUAAAGGAACUAGACAAACGUUACAGUAUAAUACAACUUUUAGCCCUUAGCUUACAUCUGUUCACAUAUGUCCCUUAAACAAGGUGGGCUAAAUCAUUCAUUGCUGGACUUUAAACAAGGUUAAUGAAAAACGAAGGGAAAAAACUAAUUAGUGCCUCCCAGCUGAUCUUUUUUUUAGUGUUUAGUGUUUUUAGUGUUUUUAAUGAAACCAUGCAAAAUUUGACUUUGAUGGUAUCAAUAUUUUCCAGAUUAAAGGCCCUUGGAGAACAUGGGGCUUUUAAUGGGUUUAUAUGUUUUGGGGUUUUAUUUAUGUCAUUUUUUAUUUGCUGCCAGCAUUUCUGAGCCCUCAUAACUUCUUUAGUAGUGAAGAUGGCCACAUUUACUUACAGACAUUUACUUGCUGUAUGUGAAUGCAUGAUGCUUGAUCACAAAAAUGACUUUAUGUAUUCAUUCCAGUAUUCAGAAUUAUUAUUUUUACAAUAACUGAAUGGAUAUGCUCAUUUUAUUUGCUUGGUGUCAACAAAGUGUCUCCUUUUGUAUUUUGUAUGAUGAGAUUUCAUACUUUUGCAUACACUACGCAAAGCAGGCUUCAUGUGGGAGGCUAUUUAGAGAUGGGAAACAAAUUCUAGCACUGGGGGAGUAGACUCACCUGUGGUGAUGUCACAGGAGUAACUUUUUUUCUGUUGGUGUGGCGGGAUCAUCUAUCACUGGAUAGAUGAAGAUGAAACCAGAAGUGACAAUUUCCUGAGUUAUUUUGGCAGCUUCUGCGAUUUCUGCACUGUCAUAAAAGAAAACAAAAACCCUAAAAAAAACAAUUGGUUUUCUGUUUCAGUUGAUUAUUUUAUUAAGUGGGAUCAGUGGAGACCUGUCUUUCGUCCCAUGGACGAAUGCUUCCUGUAUGAGCUGUAAGUUCCUUGCACUGAUCAUGCAUAGUAAACAGACUCACUCAGCUACAUUUACACCCGGAUGAAUGAAUGUCAUGACAUAAAAUAUAUAUUUUGUGAUUUUUACUUGAUUGAAGGCUGAGCUUUAGUAAUCUAUAACAAAUAUAAACAGCUCGACUGCAUAACAAAUGUCCAAAGUAACAACAAGGCAAACUUAAGCUGGUUAAAUGUAGAUUCCAGUCUGAUCAGAUUGGAUGUGCAGUUGUGCGCUGUAAGAAAGUUUGGCUGCGCCCACUGAGUGUGGGAAGAUAAAGCUUUAGUCUUAUGUAAGGAGAGAUUCCAGGAAGCUGAAUGUCAGGAUGGAAGUGUCUUCUCUCUGUAAUGUACUGCAUGGCUCUUCAUCUUUGUCUUCUUUGCUGUGUCCAUCUCUAUUUUUGUCACGGAUGUGGGCCGUGGAAGCCGCCUGGGAGAGAGCGGCACAUGGAUGAAUUUGGAUACCCGAUGAAACGAAUCGCUUGUUUUUAAACUUUUUUUAAAUUUGCUAAAGGAGGGGGUGGUAACCAGCUCUGUUUGGAGCUCCAGCUAUUCAACAGCAGCGUUAGAGUUUGAGAAAGAGCACCAGAUAGCUCCUGUGUACGAGUCGCCCAGGAUGUCACGACGGAGCCUGCGUCUCCAGACCAGUGCCAGUCACUAUGGAAACGAGAACCUGGCUGAUUACUCCCAGAACCACCACAGCAGCAGCAGCAGCAGCAGCUACACCAACACCAGCACCAGGAGAGAGACACGGACGCUGCGGAGCAGAAAGCAACAGUCCAGUUCCAACUCCCUGUCUUUAUCCCUGAGCCAGGCCGCCACACCAAGGAAAACCCUCACCUUCUCAGCUGGUAAUACCCCCAUUAACAGCAGCAGCAGCUUGCAGCAAAGCAGCACAGCGUCUGAUGCCGCUCAGAUCACAGCCAUCGUUGAGCAGCCCCAUCUGAGGCAACGCACUGUCACUACCACCACAACAACAACUUAUGUGGAUGGACACUGGGGGCAGACUCCCAGCCACAGUUUAUCAAGUGUCAACGGCGAUGCCAGUACGUCAAAGUCCCACGCCGCGCUCUCCAAUGGCUACAUUUGCAGAGACUGCUCUGUACACUCUCAGAAGACGGACUCCUUUGUCACACAGUCCGCAUCGUCAUUAUUAUCGUCAUCAUCGUCGUCAACAUUUCAAGCUGCCGAACCUUCCACCGAUGCCCUCUCGUCAACAUCAUCACCUUUCACCAGUAUUUACAGCAGAGACAGGAGUCGAAGGAACAAGACGGGUGUCCUGGCUUCCAUGUCUAACACGUGUAUACGCUACAGCAAACAAGCCUUGGCCCCCAUAGUGUCCUUAGUCACUGUGCUCUUCAACAGUGUGGUCUGGCUGGGUUCAAGGGCCAAGAGCCAAACAGGAAAAGGUGCCUUGACAUCGUUUUCGGACUCGGUGAGACAAGCGGCGUCCUCAAGUUUAUCCCAACUGUGGCUAUUAAAGCAGACCACUCUCCACAGGAUGAUGGGCCACGGGGCUAAUGGAUAUGAAGGACAAGCUCACUCGAGCUACUGUGGAAGCAUGAAUGUGAAGGAUCUGGUUACUGAAGAUGCGUCACAUCUUAAUCUCAAUGGCUCCCUGUGUGAUGACUGUAAAGGGAAGCAGGUCUCUGAGACACACACCGUCCUCCUCAAACAGUCGUCUAGGUCCCGCCGACUGGCGGGGGCACUGUGGAGCGUCCUAGUUUAUGCAGGUCACUGCCUCCUCCAGCCAGGUUACUGUGUGAUGAGAGCAGGCAAAGCUUUAGGUUCAGGUGUAGGGACGGCAGCACAAAGGAUGCUCUCACUGUUCUGGAUGCUCCUGGCGGCUCCAGUGAAGGCAGGCAAAGGACUUCUGUGGUUUCUUGCAACAGGAUGGUACCAGCUGGUGUCUCUCAUGUCUCUGCUCAACGUCUUCUUUCUAACCCGAUGCCUUCCCAAACUCUGGAAGCUCCUGUUGUUGCUUUUGCCCCUUUUGCUCCUCCUUGCUUUGUGGUUGUGGGGUCCGUCCACUGCUGCCCUGUUUGCCUACCUGCCAGCCAUAAACCUAACAGAGUGGCGUCCUGCGUCACCCUUCACCUUCUUGUCAAACUUGGUACCAGUUCCUGCUUCUGUACCUGGCCCUGCACCAGAGGCUCCCAUGGAGCAGACCCCAGCCACCCCAGUCUCACAAGUAUCGCCAGUCCUUCCCCCUGUGGCAGUCUCCAGUGUGGACAUGGAGCGUCUUGAACGCGUCGAGCGUCAGCUAGCCCUGCUUUGGGAGCGAGUCCAGCAGGGUAACCAGAAGCAGGAGCAGCGCCAUGAUAACAUUUUGGGUCUCUACAGCACCCUAAGGGAGCAGCUCCAUACGCAGACUGACAGGGACAGCCUAGGACUGUGGGUGGCCUCCUUGCUGGACCAGAGAAUCGGUGUGCUGCGAGGAGAGCUGGAGCAGGAGAACACACAGAGAGCACAGGGUGCAGAGCUGCAAAAACAACAGCAAGAGAGUCAGGCAGCACGACUGGCUGAUUUAGAGUUACUGCUCAAAGCUCUGUCUGCCAAGACUGAGGAGGUGCAGCAGAAGCAGCAGCAGUAUGAACAUGAGAAGAAGAAAAGAGAGAAAGAAGCUGUCACUUCAGCUGCAGACACGGCUCCUGUGAGUGUGGGCGUGAAGCAGGAGGACCAUGACGCUCUGCUAACAGAAGUACAGAGACUUGAGGUAGAGCUGAGUAAAAUCAGACAGGACCUGCAGGGCGUUGCAGGAUGCAAGGGCAGGUGUGAGCAGCUGGACACGCUGCAAGACACUAUAUCAGCCCAGGUGUCCUCUCAGCUGCGUAAGGAGUUGCAGGCUCUGUUCUUUGGUGUUGGUGCUUCCGGAGAGGAGCAGGGCGAGGUGCCCGAGUCUCUGAUCCACUGGCUGUCCCAGCGCUACGUGAGCACACCUGACCUGCAGGCUUCUCUGGCCUCACUGGAGCUUAGCAUCCUGAGAAACAUAUCCCAGCAGCUGGAGGUCAGCAGGACCCAGACGGUGGUUGAGGCUGAGUCCAAAGCCAAGAGCAUUGUUCAGACAGUAACCGGAACUGUCCGGCACACUUCUGCUGCCGAGGGACUGACAGAAGAGCAAGUGAAGCUGAUUGUGCAGAAUGCUCUGAAGCUCUACUCCCAGGAUCGGACAGGCCAGGUGGACUAUGCCCUGGAGUCUGGAGGUGGCAGCAUCCUCAGUACCCGCUGCUCUGAGACCUAUGAAACCAAGACGGCCCUCAUGAGUCUGUUUGGCCUGCCACUCUGGUACUUCUCCCAGUCUCCACGUGUUGUCAUUCAGCCUGAUGUGUAUCCUGGAAACUGCUGGGCAUUUAAAGGCUCUCAGGGCUAUCUGGUGAUCCGGCUGUCCCUGAGGAUCCUGCCCACAUCCUUUGCUGUGGAGCACAUCCCCAAGACCCUCUCCCCAACUGGAAACAUCACCAGCGCCCCACGCAACUUCACCGUCUUUGGUCUAGAUGAUGAGUACCAAGAAGAGGGAAAGCUGCUGGGACACUACACAUACCAGGACGAUGGGGAGUCACUGCAGAUCUUCCCGGUUAUGGAGGAGAAUGACAAGACGUUCCAGAUAAUCGAAGUGAGGGUGUUGUCCAACUGGGGUCACCCCGAAUACACCUGCCUGUACCGCUUCAGAGUCCACGGAGAACCUAGACCUCACUGAACCAACCACCACCACAACCAUACUCACUUAUAUAUGAUGCACCACCCCAUCUGUACAUAGCUCUCACUGACUUAAACCCGUAAAACUGAAGGGACUCUGCAGGAAGUUUGUGGAUGUUUUUGUAUGAAAAGCAAAGAAGAUGUGGAUUGUUUAAAGCAUUGUGCUCAGACCGAGUCAUGAACGUAGUUUUUUGCGUAAUUUUGAAAGAAUCACAGGAAAGUUUGGAUGAAGACUGUUAAAGAUUGGGAGAAUUUGAACCACAGAAGAAGCUAAGUCCCACUGCUACCCUUUUCAAGGCCUCUUGCACUGAAUCAGCCCCCACCCCUGAGGGCACCAAGGCUCGCGGGAGCCAACAAACCCACCAGUCCCUCCUCAACACCUUCGACAAGAAGGUGGAUGCGUGACAUAAGGAGGGGGGCGGGGUUACAGACUCAUCUCCACCAAUUCUUCACACACCGUAUCUGUCUGAUUUUUCUUCUUAUCUCUGUUUAACUUUUAUUUUUUAAUGUUUCACAUCAGAGUACUAUUUUCAGGAUGAAGACCACUGCACCUUUGCCUGAGAUGAUAUCCAGGCAUGUCACUUCAAUUUGUUGUCAUGUCUCCACAGUGACUCCUACAGAACUGUUUUGGGCAGUCUGCAGGUCUGCACUCGACGCGUUAUAUCCACUACAUUCUAAUCUUGGCUUCAUGCAUCCAUAUAGCCAUAACUAAGACUUUUAUUUUGGAACUGAACAUGCUGCCUAUGGAUAAGCGCUGAAUGUUUUCUGAAGCGGCGGCUUUGAUGCAAGUUUCCUUUAACUACACAGAAACAUUAUAAAACCACUGACCUGAGCUCUAUGUGACUAAAGUAUUAGGAGGAUACUCACUAUACGUCUCAUUAUGUAGAGACUCGUAGUUUUUACACCAUGAAAUUACCAAUGUUGAACUACUCCUGUCAAUAAUUUCGCGUUUUCUGUUCUGCUUCUAUGAAGAAGAGGUUCACUGUCUCCCUCUAGCUCAGUUAAUCGUCCUCCUCACAUGAGCUCCCACUAUUCUGAAAACCCUGAAGGAAUGUAAUCUGUAUAUUUUAUUGUUGAUAGCUGAUGCGCUGAUCCUUUAUAAUAUCUCCUUUUAUCAGUGUUGCUUUAUAAAAAAACCAACAUCCUGUCAUUAUUAUUGUACUACUAUGAUUUCUUCUGUUACUCGUGGUGUUUUACUUCUUUGAUUUGAUUUUUGGGGGUGUUCAUUUUAGAGGGUGCUCUGCAAGAACUUGUUAGACAAAUGUUUGUGGCACGGGUCUUCACAAUUUCUUUAAAAUUAAGGGUUCUCUCAUCAAUUUUGGUUCAAAAUACGGGAAAGUCUAAAUUGUUAUGUGUAAAAAGGAAAAAAAAAGACUUUUGUUCACAAUCUUAUUUAUUAACAAGUCAAUUAGUGGCUGCAAGGUAAGACUUCCUGCAAUGUAUAUUUUGUUAAAAGCUGUUCAGUGCAUUUUGGAACCAUCUUAGUUCUUUUGUUUGUUUGUUUUGUUUUUUUAAAGAUAAAUGGCUAUUUUUGUUCAGUCAUGAGAUGACUUAACUGCUUUGGAAUAUAUUCCAAUAAAGACUUUAAUUUUGAAGAAAUAAAUACAUCAUGGCUAAAAAUUA